UUUUGUCGGCAGAGUGCAGAGAAUUGUGACGUAGCCAAUGCUGAUAUCAAAAACUCACUUGCAAAAUGACUGAAUUUGUGCAAAUGAUAACAAAGCAGUCGCUCAUCCCGAUACAUGUACAUACAGACAUUGUAUGCAAGCACACUUAACUACCAUUCAUGCUCAUCAUUCUUUUCGUCAUCGUAAUAAUCAGGCUUCUUCUCAUUAUUAAAUUGAUUAUGAUUAAUUGUAUGUUUGUAUAGCAUAUGAAGCACAGAUUUGAAUGCAGUCCAGUUGUGGAAAUCAGUGUAGUUUCGCGCCUCAAGCAGACAUCAGCGAGAUUUCUACUAAUUUUUUUGUGGCGGCUAAAAGUUGUAAAAUAAUAUGGAGCGUAGCUGAAAAUAAAAUAAUAGUAAAUGAUUAAAACAAAUAGCAAACUUCAAGAGUUUCAUUCUAUUGACUGCAAUAAAAAAGUGCAUGCCUAGCCCUCCGAAAUGCCGGAAACGCAAUUGCGUCAACGUCCAGGUGAAUACUUAUGUGGAUUAGCAAAAUGGCAUCCGGCAUGGAUGCAACGUUUUGCAACAACCAAAUCAUUUAUGGCCGUCUAUGGUUUGUUGGGCACCAUACAAGCGAUGUCAUAUAUGUAUUUUGUCGUUACACUAACAACUAUUGAGAAACGCUUCAAAAUUCCAAGUCAAACAACAGGUAUUAUAUUGAGCGGCAAUGAAAUAUCACAAAUCCUGCUUUCGCUCAUACUCAGCUACAUUGGAGGUCAACGAAAUCGACCACGUUGGAUUGCAUGGGGCAUUGUAUUUUGCGGUCUAUCCUGUUAUAUACUAGCAUUACCACACUUUAUAUAUGGCGCCGGUGAUGAUGCACUACAUCUCACUGUGGAAUAUUUACAAGAGCAAAUGGAAAAUGUUACAAGUUCAUACUCAUUGGUUAACGGUUCAUUAGAAAAUUCACAAGAAUUAUGUGGCUUAAAGAAUUCAACACAAGAAUGCGAAUCCCUACUAUUAAUUGUACCGUUGAUCUUGAUUUUCCUCUCACAAUUCGUGCUCGGCAUUGGCAAUACACUUUACUAUUCAUUGGGUCAAACAUAUUUGGAUGAUAACACAAAGAAGACAAACACCCCCCUGAUGUUGUCUGUUGCUAUGGCACUAAGAAUGAUCGGACCAAUUAUCGGUUUCUUUUUGGGCUACGUCUCGCUCAACAUGUACAUCGAUCCCUCAAAACAGCCACUUAUUGAUAACAAAGAUCCACGUUGGUUGGGCGCUUGGUGGUUUGGUUGGAUGAUACUGGGCACGUUGAUGGUGCUUUUCUCUGGACUCAUCGGUCUGUUCCCAAAGCAGUUACCCAAAAAGAAACCAGAGCACUAUAACUCACACCUACCACGUAUGAUGCGUUUGGAGGAGUUGAAAAAGGACGAUGGCAUACCGUUGGGCAGUACACUCUCACUCAAUGCAGCUUUGGAUGCGAAUGCAGCAGCGCCAGUUGAUACUGAUUUUCCGAAAUUGAAAGAUUUUCCCAAGGCCUUGAUGCGUCUGCUACGUAAUAAAUUACUAAUUUAUAAUAUCAUAUCCGGUAUAUUCUAUAUACUGGGCGCUGCUGGUUAUAUGACAUUCUUAUCGAAGUACAUGGAAGUACAAUUUCAUAAGACUGCACAAACGGCCACCGUUGUAGUGGGACCGAUCUCUAUAAUUGGUAUGGUAAUUGGUUUGAUUGGUUCGGGUGUGGUAAUAUCAAAAAAGCGGCCCUCGCCUAGCAAGGUGUUGAUGUGGAACGUUAUUGUUGGUUGUGUGUACAUUUUGGGGCAGACAUCAUAUAUCUUUAUGUACUGUGGUGAUUCGAUAUCCCUGCAAAAUGGUGAAAUUGAUAACUUCAAUACCCAAUGCAACAACAAUUGUAGCUGUACAAAUGUAGCAUACUCGCCAGUCUGCCACGAGGGCAGUGAUACAACAUUUUUCUCAGCGUGCCAUGCAGGCUGUAGAGCUUGGGAUCCGAAUUCGAAGACAUUUUCGAAUUGUACCUGCAUUGCGACGUCCGACUUUACUUCUACAACUACUUUCACACCCUCAACGCCCAGCUUUCUUAGCACCGUUAAAACUCAAAAACAAGAAGAAGAAACCCAAAAGAUCAUAAAUAUAAAUUCUCGACCAGACUCAGUACCGAUGGUAAUGCAAAACACUGAAAGGCCCAUUCCACAAACAUCAACUCAGUUACCGACGACGCUGAAGGUGGAAUCACAAGCUGAGCAACAACAAAAUAGCCAAGAAGUAUUUAAUGUCAGGCCGAAACCAGUACUAAACCUAAGUAAUUCCACAACAACAACAACAACAACAACAACAGCAACAGUAACAACUGAUGAACUCCUCACACGCACAGCCCGUUCGGUGGACUCGCUCUCUGAAGUACUCACACCAGGUGUAUGUCUGAAAGGUUGUGCUAUAGCUUUCUAUAGUUUCACCAUAGCAUCGAUGAUCGUAAAUUGGUUUGGAUCCUCCGGCCGUAUUGGUAAUCUUUUGGUAAACUAUCGCGCCGUUUCAGCGAAAGAUAAAUCAUUCGCACAGGGUCUUUCAUUGAUGAUGGUCAGUUUAUUUGCUCUCAUACCCGGUCCUAUCAUUUUCGGACGCAUCAUCGAUUCAACUUGUCUUGUGUGGACGGAAACUUGUAAUGGCAGGGGGAAUUGUCAGCUGUAUGAUCAGACGAAAUUCAGAUAUUAUGUCAAUAUAUUGGCUUUAUCACUAACAUCUAUAGGUGUAGUCUUCGAUAUUUUAGUUUGGUAUCAUGGCAGACAUCUUGAUCUGUAUGGUGAUAAGGAGACCCAACAACUGGAGGAACGACGUCGUAAGGAUAAACCAAUAACUCCUCUUUUGGCACAUAAUUCAUAAUGAUUAUUGUACAUACGUACAUACAUUAAUAUUAAAUUUUAUUUCGGUUAAGUAAUCUUGUGGGACUCAUUUGCUGUCUGGGUAGAAGUACGUACUAUAUACAUAACUAUAUAUAAUUGGGGUUUCGUAGCGGCUGAAGUGAUGUUCAGCUGAACGCUUGCUCCUGUUUGGGUUAUGUAUCAGGAUGUUUUUUUUUUUUUUCAAUUAAUAGAUUAAUAGAUGUAAGUGGCACUUAUUAUGAGCUGCACUCGAUUUUCGAUCUUCACAGGCUGUCAAAAAGCGAUGAACGAAUUUCGUUUUCUUUCGAACCGAAUUACGCCUUCAAUGGUUUGACGAAGUGCGAUGAAAAGCUGUGUUAAUUGAUGACGAAAGUCCUCAGUUUACCAUAGAGUUUUAUUCAAAGGUUCAGACGGCAAUAAAAUGCGAAGAGUUUACAACAGCUCUGUUCGGAAAGAAAUGUUAGUAAGAAAUUGUCAACCUCAACCGAAAGCGGUUCAGUAAAAAUUGGUAAUGGACAGGACUAAUCUAAGUGCCUUAAAGUGAACAGUUGUACCACUAAUUUUCAAGAAAUAUAUUUUAAUGUAACUAUUUUUCUUUUUAAAGAGUAUCAUAUUUGUAUAAAUUUGUUUGAAACCAUAUCUGAUUUCAUUUUUCACUCAGUACUAUUAUUUUUCUUUUAUUUUAAUACACUUAACUCGGAAACGAACCCAAUCAACUGACAAAAUCAUAUCACUGUGAACAUUUCACAGGCGCGAAAUUCACUAGAAUAUUCUUUUUCAUCGAAAGCGCGUCGAUUACCAAUGAACAAUCGUUCUAACGGCACUUUUGAUCACAGUCGAAGAUCGAAAGCAGCUCAUACGUGUAUUACGGACCUGCAUAAAUGAUAUUAUUCAAUCGACCAAAAUUGUACAAUAUCGAAUUUGUAAUGUAAAAAAUAUGCUUCCUCUUACCAUGUAAUAAAUUAUGUGAUUAUUUCGAAACAUAUUUCACAUAUGUAUGUACAUAUGUAUGUAUUUUUUCUAAAA